UUGUAGUUUUGACGCGUCGCUCGCAGGGGUGUUUGUCGGUCUCCUCCUCUCAAUCAGACUGAUUAGAUGUGACCACCUGUGGUGUGUGCAUGACUAAUGAGCCUGUUGCUUGCGUUGCUUUACUUUAGAGCGAUCUGUGAUUUUGCGCGCGACUGGAUUAUGUUAACCAUCAUGUGUUGCGUUUUUGCGCGUUAUUGAAGAUCAGGAGGACGCAUAGCGGAUAGAUGCAUUUGUAUUUUCCUCUCCUCAUCCUCCGCCUGCAUGUGAUGAAGUUUGGGCGCGUUUGAGAUGCACUAUGUGAUGCACUAGUGAUUCAGCCACCGGCGUGUCUAUAGGAGAAAAGCGAAAGCGAGAUUUGCAUUAUUAGUUUCAGCGAUGUCAAUCAAAAAAGCAACAUUGACGGAGAAUAGGUUUAAAAACGGUACAUCAAGAAAUGUGCUGGAACGAUGCGCCUCGGUCAAUGAGUAUUUUGACGUUUCCUUCAAGGUGAUGCUGCUGGGAGACUCCGCUGUGGGGAAGACCUGCGUCCUGGUGCGCUUUAAAGAUGGUGCCUUUCUGGGAGGCAACUUCAUUGCCACAGUGGGGAUAGACUUUAGGAAUAAGGUGGUGACUGUGGAUAACAUGAAAGUCAAACUGCAGAUUUGGGACACAGCCGGUCAGGAGAGGUUCCGCAGCGUUACACAUGCCUACUACAGAGAUGCUCAGGCUUUACUCCUGCUAUAUGACAUCACAAGAAAGACCUCUUUUGACAACAUUAGAGCCUGGCUGACUGAAAUCUAUGAGUAUGCACAGAAGGAUGUGGUCAUCAUGUUGCUUGGCAACAAGUCAGAUAUGGCAGCUGAGAGGGUCAUCACACUUGAGGAGGGGCAGAAGCUGGCUAAGGAAUAUGGAGUUCCUUUCAUGGAGACAAGUGCGAAGACUGGUGUCAAUGUGGAACUUGCUUUUCUUGCCAUAGCAAGAGAACUGAAGCACAGAAGUGCUCAGCAGCCACACGAGCCUAAGUUCAAGAUCCACGAAUACAUCGAGUCACAGAAGCAGAAGUCCAGCUGCUGCGGCAUCCUCAAGUGACCCCAUUCCACAUGUUCAUCAACACGAAAGAUAUUUGUGCACUAACGUGUGUGUAUGUGUGUAUGAAAUGUGCAUUGUUCUGAUGUGUCUAUUCGCUUCAUAGUCAGGAAUAUACAGCCAAAUACUGUGGGAUUUAAUGAGGUACAUCACAGUAAUGAGUUUAUGGAGGUGAUGUCUGUUUUAAUUCAGGUGUAUACAGUAUUCAGGUGUGUCCCAAUAUUCCAGGUAGGCUACCUUUUGAUUGUGUAAUGUGAUUCCCAGACUUUCUCUAAUGAUUAUAAUCUCUAUCCACACACAGUGUAAACGUUACUCUUAUUAAAUGCAUUAUAUGCUUUGCAACUGGGCAUUGCCGUGGUUUUUGGAUCAAUUUUUUAAACUACAUUUGAGUGUCAAAAUAAAAGCAUACAGUGACCUCAAAGUAUUGGAUGUCUUUGCAUAGCAAAAUAUCAAACCAAGUGACAUUUAUUAAAUGGAGCACAAGCACACUUUUCAAGCAAAACAUUUGCAAUCCACAUUUUAGGUUUUCAAUUAUUAAAAAAUAUUUAUUGUUCAAAAUGAAGACAAAAAAGGUAAACCGUUAUUUAAAACUCUGUGGAAUAUGUUCCUGGUUAAUGUGAACUACACCCCUAUUAGACGGGACGUCCCUCUUACUAAAAAUCAUCUUAGAUCUUUGCGGCUUAUAAAAGUGAAGUUAGUGCUGAGAAAAGCUAGCAUUAUUUGUUUGUGGAUGUGUAUUGAAGUGUCAAAAGUCUCUAAAUACUUUUUUGUGGCCACUCCGUAUAUAUGGACUAUAAAAGAAUCAUGAGUCAGGCCUGAUCAUAACUCUGUGUUGGCUUUUGCCUUGCACAUGCGCAUGUCACCCUCUCAUACCGGUCACAUUCAUUGUAGAUUGUCUAGAAUAGAUAUUGAUAUGAAACUGCUAAUGAAAUGAAUUGUAAACCAUUUAUAAUUCCUCUCAUGUGAACAGUUUUCACAGUGAUCACAAAGUGCCACGAGAAAGUCAUUGUAUCAGCAUAUAUACUGUAUAUUGUUGCGUCUACACUUGUUUUGUAAGACAGGGAUUUUUGGUUUCAAUGUUUCUUUUUCCAUUGUUUUGUAUGUUUGAUAUUUAAAGCCACAGGGUGGCAGUAUUACACACUGAGAAUUGCAAAUAAACA